AUGCCCACCCCCAGUCCCAAGCCACCAACCAUCACGAUUCCUUCUUUUUCUUCUUCUCCAUCAUCAUCUUCUUCAUUACACAAAGCACCAGCGCUGCCCAAGCUGCGGGACAGCUGUCGCAGCUGCGCCACAGCCAAACUGAAAUGCAGCAAAGAAAAGCCAACAUGCGCACGGUGUGCCAAACGAGGACGCUUGUGCGAAUACCUAGUCAGCCGACGA